AUGCACUGCAUCAGCAACCACCGUUCUGGCCGGCAUCGUGGGGCAGAAUGCCCGCCUCACCCGAGGACGUCACCACAAUCGUGCGUCAGCAGAUCGGAGCGUGGCCGCGCCUUGUCCCGAUCUUCGCUCACCGCUUCACGCCCGCCGCACCCUCCCCUCGGGAUCGCCGGUGAUCUCCGUGUGGCAGACCGACAUCGUCUACUGGGCCAAACCUCCUCGAAUAUCUCGCCAAUGGAGUUCCCCCUCGGACAGGGCCGAAGAACACUCUCUCCCAUUAGCGUCCGCGUACCGUUAUGGUCCCGAUUCAUCGAGGGCGGCCAACCGCGCGGAAUCGAUCUGACCGGCCCUGAGGUCCUGUUCUGCCUGCCAAUAGUUUCGCAGACGAAUUUCGCGGGUAUUGAUCACUUGCGGCGGCGAUUUCCAGAGCGAGGGUCAGCCGCGCCAGAUCUGCCCCGGCUGUCACUCGCCGGGUGGCGGGCCGCCAAAACCAGCGAGCCGCCGAAAACAAUCUGUGCCAGGCGA